GACACCUAUGAGCCAGGUGAGGACCACACAGAUAGUGUUUAGAGAGGUCAGUAUUCACUCAUCACGCUUUCUUUUCUUUUUUUCUCAUAAAUGCUGUUUAGCAAAUACCAAGCUGGCUUCUCUCUGCCAUAAAGACAUGAUUGAUGGAGCACAAUUGAAAAGGUUGUCCUUCCAGCAGCUUCUCUGCAGAGGCCGUCUGAAGGCCGUUAGUUUUCUGGCCACCUCUGGCAGAGAAGCCUUCUAGCUCAGUUACUUGGUUUGACCAGUUUGAUCAUAUAUGACUUUCCACACCUUUAAGAGUUCCUUGGAUUUUGUACUGUGAACGAUUAAAGCAUACAUCCAAAAGAUGUGUGCCGCACAGCUUCCAUGGCAGCUGCUAUUUUUAGCUUGCUCCCGAGAAGUCCCCUUGACCACUUACACCGCGCAACUCUGCAAUUUUCGUUCUUUCAAACUGAUCCAAAUUUAACAUGAAGUAACAUCGUUAGUGAUGACAGCGCACUAGCUGACCAACCUUUUGUUCACACCUUUCUCUCUGUAGACAUACAGACAGAUAGAUCGAUCAAGACAUGACUUGCUUUUGAAGACGAAGCGCUGAUACAUCCUCUUUGUUUUUUGUUGUUACUUAGAACUAAGUGUGCGUAUCUGCUGAAUCAGAGCGUUAGUCAUACAGUUGUAGUUCAGUGUAGGACAUUUGUAAAUUCAUAAUUCUCUCACUGUGCCUCUCACCCACCCUGGGUGUUGGAUUCCCAUGCUGAAGCAGGCCCAAAACAACAAGACAUUCUUUGGCCGAGCUGUAUUUACCACAGCCCAACCACAAAGACUUAAGCUCCACCCACUCAUGAAAUCACGAAGGGGAUGGGAGUCAUAGAGUAAGAUGAUAUGAGGGCUGCCCUAAUUUAACUUUUUGGAUGGGCCACAGUGUUAAUCCUGAGAGAUGGUUAAAGGUGAGAAAAGUUGCACUCAUUGAGCACCUUUAAGGCAGUGGAGGAAAAGUGACUUUCUUUUGCUUUUUUCCGUUAAAAUGUGAAUGAGUAAUUAUGUGUGUGCAUGUGUGUGUGUGUUCCUGUAAAGGGUUAACUUUACCCAUGUUGUAGCUGGCCGCUCUCGGGCAGGCUGGCAGGAGUCAGGCUGGCAGGGGAAACAGAGAGACCCUUUAUAGUACAGUUCUGCUGAUUUAAAUCAUAUGGCAUUGCCUAAAAUUAUUGCACUACUUGGAAGACAGACAAAAAGAAGGAUGAAAGUUUUGUACUCCCCUCUGCUUCAGCUCUCGCAACUGCUUCUUCGACACUUCUGUUUCCUUUUCUACGUCUUUCUCUAAUUUGGCUUCGUGGUUGGAGUUUGCUUUUUAGGUAUCUCAGAGUCUGGACCUGGCCAGGUUUUGGUUGCUUGCUUUCAUCCCUCUUACCUCUCUGUGAGUGCAGACGGGCCCGCAGCUUUGAGGGGCUGAAUGGCACUAGUCUGUUUCAAGCUCAGCAGAGGCUCCUGACGAGGAAGAAGAAACGGCAUAAAAAUUCUGAGAAACGUCAUCUAAACCCCCACUGUACUUGUCACGAUGGCGGCCAACAGAGAGCACCAAUUGCGUCACAUGACGGGUUACCCUCGUGCCAUGUACCCCUUCACCUUUAACUCCAUGCGUAGCCACUCCCCCUUUGACCUGCUGGCCAGUAGUCACCUUUUUGGCCGUUUUGGCGCAGACCUCCCCAAAGAGAUGGCUGCAUUGUCCGUGGAGACCCAGAGCACCAGUUCGGAGGAGAUGGUGCCAAGCUCUCCUUCGCCGCCUCCUCCUCCUCGUGUUUAUAAGCCGUGCUUUGUGUGCCAGGACAAGUCAUCUGGUUAUCACUAUGGAGUGAGCUCCUGUGAGGGCUGCAAGGGUUUUUUCAGGCGCAGCAUUCAAAAGAACAUGGUGUAUACGUGCCACAGAGACAAGAACUGUCAGAUCAACAAAGUUACCCGCAACCGCUGCCAGUACUGUCGGCUGCAGAAGUGCUUUGAGGUCGGCAUGUCCAAAGAAGCGGUGCGUAACGACAGGAACAAAAAGAAGAAGGACGUGAAGGAGGAAGUGGUGCUGCCCGAGAACUACGAACUAAGUGGAGAACUGGAGGAGCUGGUCAACAAAGUCAGCAAAGCUCACCAAGAGACCUUCCCGUCUCUGUGCCAACUAGGAAAAUACACCACAAAUUCAAGUGCUGACCACAGAGUGCAGCUGGACUUGGGCCUAUGGGAUAAGUUCAGUGAGCUCUCCACUAAGUGUAUUAUAAAGAUUGUGGAGUUUGCCAAGCGGCUACCAGGCUUCACUACGCUCACCAUCGCUGACCAGAUCACCCUCCUCAAAUCUGCAUGUCUGGACAUCCUGAUGCUGAGGAUAUGCACUCGCUACACACCAGAGCAGGACACGAUGACCUUCUCAGAUGGCCUGACUCUAAACAGGACCCAGAUGCAUAACGCUGGCUUUGGCCCGCUCACAGACCUGGUGUUUGCCUUUGCCGGUCAGCUGCUGCCUUUGGAGAUGGACGACACCGAGACGGGGUUGCUCAGCGCCAUCUGUCUCAUCUGCGGAGACCGUAUGGACUUGGAAGAGCCGGAGAAGGUGGACAAGCUGCAGGAACCGCUGCUAGAGGCCCUGAAGAUCUACACCCGACGCAGACGCCCGAACAAGCCUCACAUGUUUCCCCGAAUGCUGAUGAAAGUCACAGACCUCAGGGGAAUCAGCACCAAAGGUGCAGAAAGAGCCAUCACGCUAAAGACAGAGAUCCCCGGCCCCAUGCCUCCCCUGAUCAGGGAGAUGCUGGAGAACCCGGACUCCUUCGAGGACAGCAGCGACUCGGGUGACAGCGGCGCAGCUGCUCCCCCUGCCAUUCAAGCCAUCAAGCAAGAGGACAAGGCCACGUACGAGUCAGCCUUCGAGGAAGAAGAGGAGGAGGAAGAGGACGACUAUUGGGACGAGGAGAAAGAGCGAGGGGCAGAAAGCGACGGAGAGGCGUGGGGGGAGGCGGCAGCGGGCGCGCAAAAGAAAGGCGUGACAGGGAAGACGCAGUGAGACAGAGAAAGAGAGACACAAGACGACACCGCUGCCUCGCACGGAUUCGCCGAGCGCCGCCGCCGAGCAACGUCAGCUCGUAGAAACCUCACAGAUUAAAGCUGUUAAAACGGCGUUUCGCACAGCACAUAUCCGUGUAUACUGUACAUACUGACUGAAAGGAAAAUGUGUUCAAUUCAUAGUAGCAAGUGAGGAAUUUGCAGACGCAAAAGCACUACAUUUCAGUGGAUUGAUGAGGGCACAGUUAAAAAAGAAAAUCAGUGCCAGAAUGUUUAAAAGAUAUAUAUAUAUUAAAAAAAAAAGGUUUUGUCCGCACAAAGACAGGAAAAACAGUUGUUGAGAGACAAAAAAAGCACUCCUCCGCUAUCUAUUAAGGGCUAUGCUUUGUAUAAAAUUGAUGGUAAGAGUACAUUGCAGCGACAGAACUCUUAUGUGGCGUCCAGAUGCCACAGAUGUCUUCUCAGAAUUACUUUUAUUACUAUUCAGAGAUAUGCUACUUAUUUUUUCAUUGUAUGGUUUUUAUAAGCAUGUACACAUUACUGUUUUGUCUUUUGUUUGUUUGUGGGACCUCGUGUUGCUUUUUUUUCUUGUGUAUAUUUUCACACUCAGUGCUCGCAUCUGACUGGACAUUUGUGCUUUUUAUCGUAUGCGUUAGUUUUAUCGGACACAGUGAAGCAAUAGCAGAAGAAAAGAGGAAAACAAAAAAGGAAAAAGAGCAAUAGCUAAAGAGUCAUGGGAGUCAUGAGCAGGACUCAAACUCAAAGUGUGAUCAUUCAGGAUUGGUGAUUGGCUAAUCUGAAAGAAAUGCAAGAGGACUUCAGCUUUAAUUCAAACCCGGGUGCUUGUGGGCCAAAUAAUAAAAAUGUCAGAGAAAUGCGGGAAAACAUAUCUCCAGUUGAUCAGGGCCACGCUUCAGCUGUUUUUACAGUAUUUCUUUUCUUUUCCAUCAGACGUUCUUCUUUCACACAGGUUAGGAAUCAUUAAAACUUUCAGUACAUGCACUCGUUCAAACAACCAGGUAAAGUUAAGCCAUAAGAUUUUCUUCCUGUUGUUUUAAGGCAAGCAAAGACUCCACCAAGCAAACACAACCAUUAAAAGCCGUUUACAUCACAGAAACCUCAGAUGUGUGUGUGCGUGAGCGUGUCCCAAUAAACAGGGUGCUGUAAUAGACACGUUACAUCACUGCCAUCAUCCACAGGAGUGAGUGUCCAAUUAUCAGCAUCUGUAAAUGUGUAUAAAAUGGAUUUUGCAACUAAAAAAACAAACAAACAAAAAACCAUACAAAUAUUAGAUAUUUUUUUCUUUAGGUUGGAGAAAUCCCUCGCACGUACACUUGUUUUGGGACUGCUCGAGUUCUGGCCAACAACCGUCCGACACAAACAGGCACUGAGUGACUGAGUGGGGCUCUCGUGUGCGCUAUGUUGAUAAAGACAGAAGGCGUGUUAAAUAAGAAAGGCCCACCAAGUUUGCUCCUAAAUUUGGUAAUUUUGCUGUUUUAUUGUGAAAACCUUAGAACCAAACAACCGUGGGAAAGGACAGAACACACCUUGGACACGAUCAGCCCGACUCAAACUGUUCAGUAUUUAAAAGUAUUUCAUAUAACCAUGAUAGUUUGGAACAGGUUUUUUCCUUCUUUUAUUUGUUUUAAAACCUUGUUAGUUUUUUCUGGAUUUGAGCUGGUGCAGUUUAAAAAGAGCUCUACACACACGUACGGCAUUUAAAAAAGAUCAAAUAUGGAUUUUACGUUACAUUUGGACAAAACAUUUACAAUGCUUACCGCUUUUAUUAAGGUCGUUGUCUCUAUCGUGUUCAGGGAUUCAGGUUCCUCAUGAGUUUUAAUUCAACUUGACUUGUAUCAAAAUAGCUUUGAUGGCUCUGACAUCCAUGCACUCACACACACACACACGGAAAUCCAAAAACUGGGUUGAUAUGUUCUUGUUUUUACAUUUUUAUGAGAAGUCAAUACUAUAUUUUGCUGUUUGGGGGCUCGUGAUUUGUUAUUUGUUGUUUCUUGUAUUUUGAUAAAUGCUCUUUUUGUUCUCAGACCUUA